UCCCGAACGGAAUUAAUUCGGAAUCAGUCACACCGUGGGGUUUCUAGGGGCGCGUCGAGCGUGUUCGCUGUAUCGUGCGGGAAAGAGCACGCCCUUUCGCACAAGUCCAGCACAAGACUUCGACGUGCCGCCAGGAUUCAGUCGCCGAUGGAGACCUUGCUCUUGUCAAUUCUGACAUGUUCCCUAGUGCUGGUACCAGCGCUGAAAAUCGUCGAACUCAGGGUACCGUCCAAGGUCGCAGCUGGCACGACAGUGACUUUGGACUGCCUCUUUGACCUCGAAGGCGACGCUCUCUACACUGUCAAGUGGUUCAAGAACGCCGAGGAAUUCUACCACUUCAUGCCCAUUUCCGUGCCACCUCGAAAGUUGUUCCCUGUCGCAGGCAUAAGCGCUAGCCUCACAGAGGAAAGCAAUUCAUCCGUGACUUUAGACAACGUAAACAGCUCUGCAUCUGCACUGUACAAAUGCGAAGUAUACAGCGACGCACCGUCGUUCCUCAUGGUUGGAGAUUACAGAGGUCUGCUGGUGGUGGAGCCACCGGACUCGCCUCGACGCCUCCAAGUCGUAGAGACAACCAGCAGAAGUGUGACGUUGGAAUGGACUGCACCGAACGCGAGCAACGAGGUCAUCACAAGCUACAAAAUCCAGCACAAGGAGCAUGAAUCAGCAAAUUGGAACUUCGCGUCUGUCAACCUCACCGUGCCAGGGAAUGAGACAACGGCAGUCGUGAGUGACCUCAAGCCAUACACGACGUACGACUUUAGGGUUUUCGCCGAGAGCGCCCUGGGUAGGAGCAACGCCAGUGACCCUGUUAAUGCCACCACUUCCGAAGAAGCGCCCGGCGGCCCACCAACCAAUGUUUCUGCUCAAGCACUUGGCCUGCAGUCGGUGAAAGUAACGUGGAAGCCUCCUAGCAAGGAUCUUCAUUUCGGCGCCAUCCGAGGCUACUACGUAGGCUACCGGCCUGCGGCAGCUUCGCCUGCUCCAUUCCAGUACGUAACGAUCCACGCUAGCGACCAAAAGAACGAGGAGCGCCUUUUGACGUCACUGUCGCCGUCCACGCGCUACGGCAUCGUCGUUCAGGCGUUCAAUGGCCAGGGUGCUGGACCGCGGUCGGCUGAGGUUGUCGUUGAAACGCACGGCUUUGUCCCUCCAACUCCUACACAGCUUAGUGUUGUCAGCACAUCAGCAACGUCGGUGACGCUGGAAUGGAAACGGCCGGCCGGCGACUUGAACCCGGUGGAAGGUUACCACGUGCUCCACACGGUAGAGGCAAGCGGUGACGAGUGGACCGAGACGCACGUGCGGGGCAACAGGCAUUCGCUCACGAUUGGCCAACUGAAGUGUGGCUCCACCUACCGGUUCGCCGUCCGCGCCUACAAUGACGCCGGCACCGGCAACGUCAGCGACGCCAUUAUCGUCAAUACCAAGGGUGCCCCUCCCACGGCGCCGCCGGACGCCAUAUUGGCGGUGCUACCAUACAUGAGACAGGCCUUGGUCCUGACGCGUACGUGGCACAACGGCGGCUGCCCCAUCGAGAGGUUCACGGCCCGGUACCGACACCAGCGGGACAAGGUGUGGACCAUGCUAGAGGCAGAGCAGUCUCAGAGUGAGCCGCGUCUCGAGUUACGCGGCUUGUCGCCGGCUAACUCCUACAAGGUCGUGGUGACAGCGAGUAACAACGCAGGCACCACCGAGGCAGAGUACGAAUUCACCACGCUCACCGAUUCCUCAGAAAAACAUCUGAAGCUACACGUUCCACCAUUUGCUCUGCCUGGUGCAACGGUUCGCCUGGACUGCUUUCAAGACUUCGGAAACAUUGCGGCGCAAACCGUGAGGUGGUUCAAGGAUGGUCAAGAGUUCUAUCAAUUUGUGCCGACAGAGGUACCUAGCCUAAAGACAUUCGACGUGGAAGGAGUUAACGUCAAUACAUUGCAGUCGACUGCCAGGCCUGUCUACAUUGAGAAACUCAACGCGUCGUCAGCCGGCACGUACAGCUGCGAAGUCAGCUCCGAAACGUCUCUCAUCCGCACCGUUGCAGGAAAGGAGCUCGUGAUUGCCGAACGGCUACCCGCAAUGCCCCGUAUCGUAACCGACAGAGACGCCUACCACAUCGGUGACACCGUGAAGCUGAGCUGCGUUGGGGUUAGGUCCAAGCCGUCUCCUGCGCUUUCUGUGUUCGUUAAUGACCAGCUCGUGAACGACACCAACACCAGACUGGAGGUACAUCCCGACGGGCUACCCACUGUCAGCAUUGAGACCGCCUUCACGCUGGGGCAAGAGGACGUGAAAGGUGGCCACGUACGAGUUAGGUGCGAAGCCCUGUUCUCGGACGCUUUUGCGGCGACAGUUGAGGAUAACAUUCGUGUCGAGCCACGGUGGAUGCUGUCGGGAACCUCCUCUCCGAAAGACCCGUGUAUCGAGAAGGCAUCGACAAUCUUCAAAAGAGCGUGGGUAUAUUUUUCUGAAGCUCACGACGACUCGAUCGGAAACGGUAAUCUGACAUUUUCAACUGUUCAAUAAAUGCUGGUGGCCGACAUAUCAGUCACUUUCACAAGUUUACUUCUA